GUAGUAAAAAUUACUUCCUGAAACUGAACUUGGUGCUAGCGAUAUUUUGAUAUUAUGGUAGCCUGUGUUCGUGAAUAUAUCUGAAUGUGACCGCUGCUUUCUCCCAUUUUGCACGAUCCAGGAUUGGACGUUGACAACAACCAGGGUUUGACCGUUAAUCAUCUGUUGAACCACAUCCGUCCUCUUGUUUCUGCGAGUGGGCUAGCAACCGUGGCUACCAGCAUCCAGAGAAUUAGCCAGGGAUUGUAGGUGCAGGAUACUGAUUUUACUGGUUUGUUACGGUUUAAAAAAGAAAAAAGAAAAAAAGGAGAAGAAGUUCCACAGCUCCAACGUGACUCCUUUCCUACAUAGAGACAAGUCAUGAGUGCUGAAGACCCAAAUCCAGCCGCCACACCCACUCCCUGUGAGGACAUCCAGGGAGAUGGACGAUGGAUGUCUCUGCACAACCGGUUUGUGUCCGACAGCAAAGACAAAGAACCUGAUGUCCUGUUUGUUGGAGACUCUCUUGUUCAACUCAUGCACCAGUUUGGGAUAUGGAGGCAGCUGUUCUCUCCUCUCCAUGCCCUCAACUUUGGGGUGGGUGGUGAUGCAACACAACAUGUGCUUUGGAGACUGAGCAAUGGCGAACUGGAUAACAUCAGCCCAAAGGUGGUAGUGCUGUGGGUAGGCACCAACAACCAUGGUCAAACUGCUGAACAGAUCUGUAGAGGCAUCAUGGCUAUUGUCCAAGUCAUCAAGAACAAGCUCCCACAUGCUCGCACGCUCGUACUUGGAUUACUGCCCAGAGGUAAAUUGCCAAACCCUCUGCGGGAGCGAAAUGCCAAAGUGAACGUGCUGGUGCAGGAGGCCGUAUCGACCGUCCCCCACGCCUCUUUCCUCGAUGUGAACCCCGGCUUUGUCCACUCCAAUGGUAGCAUUUCCCACCAGGACAUGUACGAUUACCUUCACCUGACUCCCCAGGGCUACCAGGCCGUGUGUGAACCCCUGCAUGCUCAUCUCAAGUCCAUGCUAGAUAAACCAGCUGAGAAUUGAGCAACCAAGGCACAAGCUUACACUACCACAGUGGUCCUCGUCCCUGUUUCCAGAGAGCAUCACGCCCAUCAGUCAAUUAUUAUGGGCUAAGAGCUGCACAAACUAUUUGUGCGAGUCCUCUCCUUGGCCAGGGUUGGUGACCACUGUUACAGGUAAUGGGACCAUUACGUUUUUGGUGUUUAUGAAACAGUCAGAAAUUAAAUGUACUGUGCUAUAGAGAGACAAAGUCCUGCGUCAAUUCCCGGUAAGCAUCUGUUCCACUCGUUUAUUUUGUUCCCAAAGUGUUUUUCAACCAAAGUUUUAUUUAAUUUCUGCCUCAUGACACAAUUGUUGAAUAUGAUGAGGGGAACUCAACAGUCAGGAUGAUGAAAUGACAAAUGAACGGAUGAUAUCUAGAAUACCUAAAUGAAUCCACAUCUCAAUCUUGAUUAUGAACAAAGUGUUUGAAAAGAUGCAGCAAAUCUUACUGUAAAAAAGACAUGCUGUAGGUCAAAACAUUCAUUGCUGCACCUUUUUUAAACAUGAAUUUACAACUGUGUGUGUUGUGCUCUCUUCGGCUCUUGUGGGUCAAUCAAAGCAGCUAGAUAUGGACAGAUACCUGCUUCUUAGAAGAAACCUUCUAUGGCAAAAUAUACAUUUCCGACUGAGGCUACUGGAACAUAGUUUAUCUGGAAAAGGACUGUGGCUCUGGUUCCAGGAUAAUGGGGUUAAAAAAAGAUCAAAAAUAAGAUGCAAGAAAUGCCCCGAUGAAGAAUUCCUGUUAAUUUGUCAUUUGGGAUUGUUGGUUACUGAGUUGAAUGAAUUCAGUUUAUUUGUCGAUAGCUUUAUUUACUCUGUUGUGAUGCCUUAUGUCUUUUGUACAUGUUAAGUUGAAUGUGUUUCAUUGCCCAUUACUGCCUAUUUGCUUUUUCAUGUAACGUUAUUUCAUUAUUGUCCUUGUACCUUUUUUUGCUCUACCCCAUUGUUAUAGCAACACACUUUGAUGUAAUUGGCUGUGUUUACGUGCAAAACAUGGAUGUAUUUGAGUAGGUUGUGAAGUCGCAUUAAUACAUCUACAGCUGCUUGUACUCCAGGCUCAGUCUUUUCUGCAACAUAAUGCCGCAUUAGCCGAUCCUAAAAGGCUUUACUUCACACUAAAAUGCUUCAGGGUGGCUAAAUGUGUAAGUGAUGGAGAAAUGCAUUAAACAUGAAGUCAAAAUGA